AUGUUGGGCAGUGGGAGAUGUGCUGGUAGGUGCUUAUUCACCUGAAAGCCUGACAUUGUACUGUUGUCUUCGAAUAGGUGCACAACCAGGACAGCCAAUCGUCUUGCGCCUUCAGAGCCCAAUAGCUGCCAAACUGCUGGCGAUUUUGCAGUACGAGCGGGGUUUGUCACAGUCAAGGGUGAGAGGGAGGGAGGGAACGAGGAAGGAAGGGAAGGUCGAUUGUAGCGACACUAGGAGUUUACUCUUUAUGCUUUGGCAGGCGUGACCAGUGCACAUAUUCUCGCCGUGUGUACGCGAGGAGAGCCUUGUGAAAUAGCCGGUGUCCAAGGACAGUACCUAGAAUCAUCUGACAGCGUCUUUUUCACAUCAUCCCCCGCCCUCUGCCAAGCGCCUGUCUCGCCUACACUCGGCAUCCAUCCACCAAACCCGGCGACCGCUGCAGGAGUCGGAUCAGCCUAUGUCUUUGUGUUGGGUCCAGCACGCAGCCCCCCCGGCAGCAUCUUCACGGCAUGCUGGUGUGGUGAAGCCGUCCAGUCGGCUGGGCCGGCAAAUGCCAGCGACGCCUUCGUGUGCGAGAGUGCCAAGCCAGUGGGCAAUGCCUUCAUUGAUGGUGAGACACGGAGAGACAAACACCAUGAGUACACUCGGACCAGGUUCUUGUCUGCAGGACCUCCAAACGGACAGGUGUUUGGCGCUGCGAGUGGCGUCAAAGUGGACAUUGAAGUGAGCAACGAAUAAAGAUAGUCCUUGCCCCUAUCUGUCUUUUCUCUUUUUCUAUUCAGAUCAUCACUUUGGGUGUCCCUUCAUUCGAUCCGGCUAUUUUCAUUGCUUCCGGCAACUCUAAGUGCAGAUCCCUUGUCCACCCCUUCUCUGACGCAGUCGCUGAGCUCCUUCCAUCUGCCGACUGCACUCCACUGGGCUCGUCAAUGAAUGUCAGCGGCAUGAUUGGAGCGUCCAGUGUAGAAUGGGAGGGACUCAGUAGAGUGGGAGGCCUUAGCAAUGGGACAGUGGAUGUCUCCUGGUACACAUGUCCGUAUGGUGGUCCGUCAGUCAACGUCACGGGAACCUACAAGGUGAAAGAGCACUUUCACAAGAAGGACUAAGUUGUUCGACGAAGUCUCUGUCUCCAAUUUUCCCUCAGGUGUGUCUUGUCGGCGACCGCAAGUCGCCUCUGGGCGUGGGCACUGCCGUCGGCACUCUGAACGUGCUGCAGAGGCUCGACUUGUGCGACGGAGAAUGCACACUGGGUUACCUUUGUGAUGAAGACCCGACGUUCAACAACGGCACGUGCAGGCCUCUGUGCGGCGACGGAUUUAAGAUGCCAGAAGAGGAAUGUGACGACGGUCAGCUGCGCGUGCUGCGUGUUUUCUGUCAUUUCUGUCCGUGGAAUGUCUUUUCUGUCUUCUGCAGGAGACCAGCUGGCGGGCGACGGGUGCUCAGGCCGAUGCACGAUCGAGCCAGGCUUUGUCUGCGAGGUCAUUCAAGCAGUGUCUAAUGACACAAUGCUUAAUGACACGGACACCGGCGAUGCCUUACCUUCGGGCCCGUCCGUGUGCGCCAUCAGCUGUGAGACAGAUGAGAGCGACAACUCUACCCAUAUCUGCUCUCGUACUCAAACCCCGCCGACGAAUAUCUUGCUCAGGGUAGAAGUCACCAGCGCGUCAUGAAGCCUGAUGCAAGUCGUGCAUGUGUUUGUGUCUUUUUCUUUCAGUGCGUGUCUGCAUGUGGCGAUGAUACGGCUGAUUCCAACACUACCACACCCAUCGCCAACGAGACGUCAACUGAAGAGCGGUCUACCAUCGGGUGUCGCCAAGCGGAGCUCAAAUUCGGAGAGAAACAAAUAUGCGUGCGGCUAGAGGAGGCCCAAAUGGUGAGACCUCUGCAUGACACUGAUUGUCUGCUAUGAGAUUGCUGAUCGUUUACUGUCGUGGCCAGGUCGCUGCGGAAUUCGUUGACGGCUAUGCAGGCAUUCGUAUCACUUUUGAUGUUCCGAUUGACACCCAGAAGAUCCCGCUGGCUGAUGGCAACUGCAGCAAUGUGUUAGCGGACGAGUCCGUCUUGUCUCUCGGAGUCAACCCUCUCUGUUCGUGGGUCUCGUCAAAGGUCAUCUACGUGCAGCUUGGCGCGAAGUCUCUCAUGAAGCGAUUUCAGCUGAUUACCAUAAAGGCGGGUGUGCUGCAGCGCCAAGACGCUGUGCGUGAGAUCGGCUGGAACGGCACGUCGGAUCGACACUCUGUCAAGGUGACUAAGGCGGCAGACCUCGGCGUUCUCGUGCCCACGGUGGUACUGAAGGGUGCCAAAGCGAUCAGCUCUUGUGCUGCCCUUGAAGUCACUGGCAUCGAGAGCACAGGACACGCCGGCAGGCUAUUUGAGAACAUCACAUGGUACACACCAGAAUGAUACAAGAGGAUGACUAGCUGCUGGCUUUCCUUGUUGCACACAGGACGUGUGAUGAUCCUGCUAUCUGUACGGACGAGCUCCACACAUAUCUCGCGUCUUUACCCAAGAACGAAACGUCGUCCCUUACCAUCGAGGUGCCGCCACAAAUCGUCUUCCAGCUUGGCCAGCACAACGCCAGCUCGAAACGCGUGAACCUGACUCUGUCUCUGAGGAUCACCAACUUCCUUGCAGAAACGGCCACGGACUCAUUUACCGUGUCUAUCCUCAUCGGAACACGCAUCCCUGUCCUCGACUCUGUCACCGAGCCAAAUGUGACGAUACAGCGGUCGAGUUCUCUUCUGCUAGAGGUGGCUGUGUCAGCGCCUGCCUCAGAGGGCAUCUGUGAGUCCCUCGAGGCCGCAAGUGGCAGCAGUCGCAUCAUGAUCGACUGGACGAGUGAGCCUGACGCCUCCUUGGUAGAGAUGGGCUUUGGCGUCAAUCCAAGAAUCCUACGAUUGCCCCCGUCGACGUUGGAGUAUGGAAGUCAGUAUGUGUUUGCUGCCGCGGCGUAUUUCAACACGACCCCCGGCGACCGGUGAGUAGGCAGCUGGUCGCUGCAUGUCCUCAUCCUUUCAUUUCUGUCUCCUUCCCUUCAGGGUGUCUAUCGCAUUUGAGGUGACUGUCUUGCCGCCUGCCCCUCCCAUCGCACUACUCGUAUCGCCUUCUCAAGCAUCCGAAAGAUGUACUCUUAUUUUGGACGGGAGCGGCUCCUAUGACCCCGCAGUAGCCGAUGUCUCGUCUGCCGCCCUUGAUGACAAUGCCACCGACGCUCUUGUGUACUCCUGGUUCUGCUCCCCCGAGAAUAACACGGACGCCGGGUGCUUUGCCAGGGGCGGUAAUCGUUUUGGCCACGGGCAGGCUGUGGAAAUUGUGACCCCGGACGUCGCUGGUGUUUACCGCUUUAUGAUGAAUGUCACUGCACUGUCAACUGAUUUGACUUCAAGCGCCUUUGCCCGAGUAAAGGUAUCGCAGAGCGCGCCUCCCCCUGUGUCGCUCACACCCCUCCCUGACGAAGUGUCUCCCCAAUUACGACUGGACCUCUCUGGCUCUCUCGCUGGCUCAACUGAUUGCUCCGUCGACCAAUAUGCGCACCAAGAUAGAAUGAAAUGGCUGAUGGCUGAGGGUGAUGGGGAGGGCUUGCUGACAUACAAUGCGACGGUGGCGCGAAACACAGCUACUAGUGGACUUCAAGUCUACGCCCUGGCUGGCCGUGUCCCUCCAUUUGCGCUUACUGCUGGGGUAUCGUAUACGUUGAGGUUUGCCCUUUCGGACGCUAUGCUUGAUGACGAGAUGGCAGUCACUGCGGUGAGGAGCGGCGAUUCCGGGGUUUUUACGUAUGAGGGGGGCACAUUGCUCGUCGACCGACCUCCAUUUGCCGGAAGCGUUGAGGUCGCACCACUCGACGGCAAUGCCGUGAUCGAGGAGUUCACCAUGUCUCAGUCAGGGUGGCAAGACGAUGACCUGCACUGCUGUACGCAUUCGCCAUUGUCGAUGCGGAGGUAAUGAGACGCACGCGAACACGAAGGCGAAUGAAUCUUUACCGUCUCAUGUGCAGGUGGCAGCAAACGCGACGAGUGCAGCCGAGCUCCUGCAGAACAGUACGAUCCUCAAGGCAUGGGAUCAGAAGAGGCGAUUCAAGACGACGCUCCCUCCUUCAAAGGGUCGCAAUGAGUCCUAUUUCAUUGUCCUGGGUCGAGUUGAGGACAGCCUCGGCAGCCGAUCGAUGGCCAGGAGUGAGAUCGUCACAGUGCGCCGACCUGUCGUCAAAGCGGGUGAGACAUGGCAAAUAUGACGUCACACGGCUUCAACGAUCUGUCUGCCUUCUGCAGACCAGCUUAUCGGAACGCUGGACAAGAUCGACGCUACGUCAGACCCGUCAGCAGCCCUCAACUCCCUGCAGGGGGUGUCUGAGCUGCUGGUAGGAGCGGACGAGACAACUGAAGAGGUGUCGGAGGAAGAGCAAGAGGCCAAGAAGGACGCUUCGCGGAACCUUGUGAACAAGUUCGCCCUUAUGGUGGACGUGCAAGGGGAUGGCGAGCUGACGGAGGAUGCCGUUUCGCAGCAGAUGGCUGCAGGCGCAUCGAUCGUCGAGGCCACCUCCAAGUCCGGCGCUCUCGACCUCGAUGUACGUAUACUGAAUUCCAUGCGCUUGUUUGUUGAGAUCGUCCUUGGUCUUUUCUGCAUGGUGCUGUGCAGGUGGCUGAGAAGGCAGCCACAGCUCUGGAAAACGCACUCGAUGGUGCCAAGGGCGUUGGCAAGAUGACUGUCGACACCGCAUCCGAUGUGGUCUCCUCUGCUGCUCUCCUAUCGACUCAACUCAGUAAGGCGAACACCUCAAAGCGCUCACUCUCUACUGAUGGAUCGCUCGCUGCUCAUGUUACCGUCAGGUCUUUCCACCCCUGCCCCAUCGGCUAAUGCCACGACCAACGACACAGCCGUCACGGCCAAUGGGACAUCGCAGGCAGCAGGGUUGUCUAAGGCGGUGCGGGGCAUGCUGGACAGUGUUGGGUUUCUCGUUGGCGAGGGGGUGGAGGUGGGCCAGGACGCCACAGUCACGAUGGGAGCCAUCAACCUCACCGUAGCCAAAAGGGACGCUGAUGUAAGCAGAGAGACAGAGCAGCAGAAAGAAUGGAAUAGCACUGGCGUUUCGUUUGUCGUCAGUCGCUGUCAUCCGAUGGCUUCAAGUCCAGUGGGGCUGGGCCGGAAGUCACUCUACCGCCUCUCAAUCUCACCAGCACGAGACGAAUGACGCGAUCAGAGCGCCGCCGGCUGCAGAGUGCUCCAGGCAGCACAUCAAGGAGACGUGGCGCUAAUGACGUCAGCAUCCAAUCAGUGCAGUGGCCCACAAACCCAUACGGCUAUGCUGCCGACACCGGCGACAGGAACGUCAGUGACACCGUCCUCUCUUUCUCUGUCAGGUGACACAACCGCAUGCAUGGACAAUAUGCACCCUAGCAGAGCAUUUUCGGUUGUGUUGCAGGCAGGGAGAGGAGACGUUGAGGCUCAAUCUAACCGAGCCCUUCGUCUUCAUCAUGUACGCCCCGGUAGCCGGCAUCAACAAAGGCAGCACUAAUCCGCGUGAGAACGACACCACUGUUUGCGGCUUCUGGGACGACGUGAUAGAGAUGUGGUCCUCCUACGGAUGCGAGGCGGACCUCAACGCCAAACUAACAAUGCAACACACUUGACAUGCAAAUGCAACCACACGACAGGUAAGGUGAUGGACAAACAGCUGCGUACGUGUCACUUUGGGUGGGUCUGCAGACUUUGCAACCUUCGCCGGCGAGUUUGAGAGUGUUAUCGAGGACGCCAACACAGAUGUCUUCGCAGCCGGCGCAGAGCAGCUCUUUGCAGGCGACGUCGACCCCAACAAUGUCGGCCUUUGGUUCGUCGUGACACUGACCGUGGUGAUGAUCGUCCUGGUAUUACUGGCCGGCUGGAAAGACUGCCGCUUCGGCAUGUCGAAUGAGACUCUGAAGAAGGUGUGGAUGCACGACAGCCUGCUGCGGAAGAAAGUGCAGACCCUGGACUCAAAGCUGCCAAUGCUGAAGCGAAUCCGGAUGAGUGGGAAACACUUCUUCCAAGCCUUGUCGGGCAAGAAGCACCAUCUGAGCGUCAAGCACCUGCAGGAAUACAGGUGCGUGAGGAAAUGGAAUGCCCACUGAAGUGUUUCCAUAUGCACGUUUGUGGGCGCAGGGAAGUGCAAAACUAUGCUCGGCAAGUGUCGAUCUCUCCGGCUGUCCCAGCAAAGCAGCUGACACAGGCCAAGAGCGGCUUAUCCCAGGCUAGCAAGUCCAGCAAGCGGCUCACUACUCUAAGUGUCGCUGAGGCCCUUAAGAACCCCACCACACAGGUCCGCAAACAGGGAGGCGAUAAGGCCAUUCCGUGAUGACCUCCAAUUGUCGUCUCACAAGGCUUCGCUCUCGAGCCGUCGCCAGACGAACAAGCGCAAGGCUGUCGUAGAGCUCUGGAAGUCGAGUCUUAAACAAGUACUCGAGAUAUGCAUGUCUAAUUGACUUUUGACGUGUCUCUCCUCUGCUGCAACACAGGUUGCCGCGACAAAUCUCGAGAAGCGAUUGGGUGCGGUUCUGCGCAUCCAGUCCAUGGUACGCCGCCAUCGUGCUCGCAAGGAGUACGUGCAGCUCAAAGAAAACCUCAGGAGCGAGGUGCAAGGGGGCUGGCGGAGACUCGCAGAGGACAGGCUAGGUAAUAAGAGAGAGGCCAUCAAGCCCUGCAACCGUCUGGCAAUGUAUCCCUGUCGGUGUCAUCUGCAGUGGUGUGGCAGGUGCAUUGCGGCCUCCGCACAAGGGUGUCAAAUCCUACUGACACCCUUGUGCGGCAUGAGACCCUGUGGCAGCCCUGUCGGAUGCACAUUGGUCGUGACAGCCUCGUCAUCCGGCCCUGGACGCUCUACAGGCUAGCGUCGCCCUUCCUGCAGCCCGUGACGGUGCCUCUCACAUCGAUCAUCGAUGUCAAGCAGACGGAUGACCGGGAUGCCACUCGCAUGCAAAGUUAGGGGACAAUACAGGGAUCCACUGUCCUUCGUGGUAGGCCAAUGAAAACAGCAUGUAUUUUGAAUGACACAUCUCCUGUUGUCAGGUGCUCCAUCGCAUUCAUCGCAGCAGCUGGGCCGUUCCUACACGAGGAACCUAGCAGCAUUUCGCUCGGAGGUGCCGCUCUCGUGGGUGCGGGAGUUGCGGCUGUGCGGAAGCGGCGACGAUCCACCUAACGCACUCGUGAUGGACCUGGAGAUCCGCAGCGAAUUCAUUCUCGACCCACGGGCCCUUCAUGGUGGGAGACACGGAUGGACGCAUACUCAGUAGGGAACGAUGCAUAUCUUGUGUCUCCGUCAGGUCCCACGGUAGAGGAGACGCUGGUGCUCAGUACGUUCGACUACUCGGACGCUCACCAGCUGCAUCGCACUAUCCAAAGCCGCAUCUCCCAGCCGUCGGCGGAGCUGCUCCCUGGCGCCAUCACCGAGCGCAUCCCGUCAUUCAACCCCUCCCACACAGGCCAGAUGCCCCCACUGAUCGCACAACAGAGUGAGUCCAGCGAGGGCAAGAGCGCCUUCAACGCAGCUGCCAGAUGGACGGCGGCAUCGCGGACGCAAGAUGUGCUGGCAGGGGUGUCGCGGUCGAGCACCAAGGAGGCAGAGGGAGCGACAACGCGCGGUGCUUUCAUGCCUCCGGUCACUGAUGUGUCGAUUGCGGUUGAGAGUGGGGAGACUGAGGCGGAGGAAGGCGGCACUUGUUGGAUGUGGCUGACGAUCUGGUACGUCAAGGCUCUGCUGGCACCCGGCGCACAAGUGGCACGAGUUCAACCCCCACAGUGA